GACAAAACGAAGUGUGUGUUAUUUAUAUUUUAAUUAUUUUAUAAAAUACAAUUGAAAGCAGUAAAACUGGUAGAAGAAAAGAUGCCAAAUAAGUUAAAAUAUUUCAUUUUAACUGGCGACCCGGGAGUUGGAAAGACAACCCUUACGAAAAAGUUAUGUGAAGCUAUUCAAAAGCUGGGUACGCAAGCUUCGGGUUUUUACACGGAAGAGGUUAGAAAGGAUAGAGUACGGCUGGGAUUUGAUGUAGUGACGUUGGAGGGAGAACGGGGCCGGCUGGCGAGAGACCAGAGCCUGCUGACAGAGCCAGUGAAGUACAAUGUUGGGAAAUAUGGAGUGCUGGUGCCCGAGUUUGAAAGUAUCGCUUUGUACAGCAUGAGGAAGCUACCCCCUCCAUCACUUCUAGUAAUAGACGAGAUAGGUAAAAUGGAGUUCUUCAGCGCGCCCUUCAAGUCCAAGGUGAAAGAGGUUUUCGGCCCGGGCUCCGACUGCUUUGUUCUGGCCACUAUACCUAUUAGGAAGGGCGAUCCGCUCAUCGAGUCUAUAAGGAGCAACAAGGACGGAAAAGUUUGGGUGGUGACAAGAGAAAACCGGAACCACAUUCACGAUGAAAUAUUGAAGGAUAUUAAAUUAUCACUAGACAUUGCAUAGGUAAUUAUGUAAUUGAAAGUUAUGGAGGCCGUGUUUCACAGUGCGAUAAAGUGCGUCUAUUAACUUCACAAGGUGUUACGAGUAAAAACUAUUUAAGUAUAGGCCGAUAUGCGUGACUGAUAGAUUAAUACAAAUUGUAAUUGUUA